AUGUUCGAUUGGGAUGCUGUCCCUGAUGACAUCGCCAAUUACGUGGCAGUGGAGCGGCUGAGUUCCGAGGAUGAGCUACACGAAGAGAGGGAAUCCCCUGAGAACUCCAGGAACUCGAAGCCUUUCUGCUACGAGCUCGAUGGUGUUGCAUUGUCACCUUCCAAGAGCACAUCCUCGUUGGUUCCGUUGGCUCCGUUGGUUCCCAUCGAGACGGACUUCUCUCCUGCAGAGCUCGAGACAAUUCGUUGGAUGAUGCAGAAAGUCAGUCUACGCCAGGACAUGUUUUUGCUUGGCCCACCUGGAGGGUAG